AUGAGGUCUCUAUCGCUUCUCAACAUCCUCUUCAUCCUACUCUUAGGUGCAUUCGCCGGCAUACUAGAGGACAAAGGAUACGAGGUCAGAAUCACAAAUGGCAUGUACGAGGUCUUUUCCAAGCAUUUCGACGAUGAACUAGCCGUCAACUCCGUCAAGUUCAGCCCGGACAGCAAGUCGAUGACUAUCUACAGAGCUUACAACGGUUGGGAAGACGCUCACCCUGGGAAGAUGAGACUGUCUGAAGUUCUCCAGGCCCUCUGUCAGGAGGCGCGUGUGAAUCCUGAAAACAUGGAAUGGGUUAUUCUCUCUGCUGUCAUGAACGACGAUACACUCAACGUCCUCAUGAAAUACGUUCGCGACCGUAAUAUGAGGAACCCGGAGAGUAUUAUGGUCGCCAAAGGCGAUGCCGAGUGGGACGAAUUCGCAAACACCCCCUUCGUUAAGGCUGUGGAUCGCAUACUCACAACGAAAAGCGUCAACGCGUUUGUGGCGAGGAAAGGGAACUCGAUGUUCCCAGAUGUCUUUCUGUCUAUAGGUUGA